CGCAUCUCAUCCUCCCAAGUCCCAACACUUAUAAGCUAUUAUAUUUUCCAAGGUACUUGCACUUUGAAGAAUCAACACUUGGCGGAUCGUCAUCAGGUCGAAGAAGAAGUAGAGGAAAAAAAUAGAAGGAAGAUUGUUUGGCCGCACCCUCUCCUUACCUUUUGAGAUUGGCUCUGUAGACUAGAGUUCGGGUUGCGCAAGUUUCUGCUCUGAAGUGGGUAGCAGAGCUGUGGUCGGAUCGACAAGAUCUGGUGGGUCUGGGUAAUCUCAAUUGGGUGGCUUUAAGCGGUGGUUUGUCGACGACUGGGAUCCGGCGACAAGUUUUGGGUAAAGUAAGAAAUUUAAUUUUGGGUAAUUUGUUGACAAUUCUGAUAUGUGGGGCGGCAACAUAGUGCUUCUUACCUCUACUGGAAGCGGUGAUAACUGAAGAUGAUCAUCUGUUCUAGGCCUUCAAUCUUCAAUCUUCUCCUGGAAGCGGUGAUAACAUAGUCCUUCAAUCUUCUCUUCGAGGCCUAAAGAUGAUCAUCUGUUCUUUGGGUCAUCGUUAUGUGGGAAUUUGAGUCCUCUGACAGAGAGGUAGUGGAUUGCUUACCAUGUGAGGCUCUUUCACUGAACCCAGAUCACAUUUUGUGAUCCUUGAUGCUGGGAUUCAUGUUGGGAAGUUGGUUCUCUAGUUGUAAUUGCAGAAUGACGUUACAUUGAGGAUUUUGCCCCUAUGCUAUUUAACCUCUACUCCCACAACAGCAGUUAACGGAAGGUUUUAACCGUGAGGAUUCAAAUUUCAAUUCCUUGAAGCCAAAAGAGUUAGAGAGAAAGGAGAGAGAUGAUCAUUCAAAGUUGAACCGAGUAAUCCCUGAAUGAGAUGAAAGCCAAGAAGCUCAGCUCUAUCUUUGCCUCCGCCAGAAUCAAGUACAAACGCCUCUCCGCCUCAGCCACCAAAUCUCUAUACUCACCCGCCGACGACGCUGCUCUCAAAUCCGUCUCCGCUUCCGAAGAUUUGAGUGGGCAGCUAUGUUCGAUACUGUGCAGAGAUGCUUCUCCUCAUCUCCAACCGUUGGAGAAGGACUUGGACUUAUCAUCGUGGAUUUCAGAUUUAUCCCAUCCUGCAAACUACUCGUUGACCCGCAAAGAAGUUUCUCGUGAAAGGAGGAGUAGGUUUUGUUUGGGCGACAAGCAGGUUACUGGUGUUGAUAAGUUACUUGAUUUGUGUGCCAGUAGGCUAGGAACUGAAGCCGCUCUUCACGUGUUUAGUAAACUAAAGAAAGAAACUGGUGUCAAAGAAUGUAACGCAUUGAUAAAAAAGUGCAUAGAGGGGGCUAGGAUUGCUACUGAGGAAGUAGCUGCAGAAAAACAUAUGCAGCUGGCUUUCAAAAUUUUUAAGUCAAUGAAGGAACAGGGUUUGCCGCUUGAAGAGGAAACAUAUGGUCCGUUUCUUGAAUAUCUUAUUGACAUGGGUAUGACAAAAGAGUUUUGCUUUCUCUGCGGGGUUAUCAAGAAUGGAAACCCUUCAUCACUUACGAGAUUAGGAUAUUAUGAGAUGUCGUUAUGGGUCAGAGUCAAUCAUGAAGAAAAGAUUCAAGAGCUUUGUGAUGACAUUGAGAGUUUUGAUGGAGUAAACAAGUCACUUUUACAAGAGAAUUAUUUGUCAGUGCUUUGUGAAAGUGACCGGACGAAGGAGAUUUUGCGGCUGUUGGAAAGUAUGGACAUCACAAAGCUCUCAUCACCGAAUUUUGUGGCACGUAUCUUUAAAUGCCUUGGAAGGCUCCUAUUGGAGUCUUUUGCAGAGAAACUCCUACUGGAAUUUAAAGCAUGUGACUGUGCAGAAGGGAAUACUUCAAACUUGAUCUAUAGUUAUGUUGAUGGCAUUCCAAAUUUAGCGGUUGAGGAUAUCAUUUCAAAAUUUAGAAACUUGCACACAAAACUUGAGGUGACACCUUCAUCUGCGUCAUAUGAGAAGCUUAUAAUCUACUGUUGCGAUUCACUUCAGGUGCAUGCGGCUCUUGAGCUGGUGGAUGAGAUGUUUGAACUGGGUUUGACAUUUUCGUUGGAAGCAUUACACUCCGUUUUACAAGCUAGUAGUGAGAACUGUGACUUUAAUCUGGUUCACCAAAUCUAUUCAGUGAUUAAAAGAGGCAAUUUGAAGCCAAAUGGCGAAACUUUCAGGAGUAUGAUAAAUCUUUGUGUGAAAAUGAAGGAUUAUGAGGGUGCUUAUAGCAUGCUGCGUGAUUUAGAGAAAAUGAGAGUGACGCCCACAGCUGCCAUGUACAAUGCUAUAAUGGUUGGAUAUUUCCGAGAGAAGAAUAUGUCCUGUGGGUUGAAGGUUCUUAAAGAAAUGAAAGAAGCAAAUUUACAACCAGAUUCCCAGACUUUCAGCCAUCUAAUAACCAACUGCAACUCUGAAGAGGACAUAAACAUGUAUUACGAAGAAAUGAAGCGAUCUAGAAUUCAUGCUACCAAGCAAGUUUUUAUGGCACUUAUAAAUGCAUAUGCAGCUUGUGGACAGUUUGAUAAGGCAAAACAGGUACUCUUAGACAAAGGGAUUCCACAAAAGAGCUUCAAUGAGAUUAGAAGCGUGCUUGUCCAAGCCCUUGCAUCUCAUGGGCAAUUGUCCAAUGCAUUUAAUAUAUAUGAACAGGUCAAAGAAGCUGGAUGCAGUUUGGAGCCGAAAGCUGUUAUUAGUCUUAUCGAGCACCUUCAAUCUGAUGAAGUAGCAUUAAGCAGAUUACUCCCUCUACUUGAGACACUAAAGGAUCCAAACUAUUGGCUUGAUGGCUGCUUGAGAACUAUCUUAUAUUGUGUUCGCUACAAGCAUUUAAGGGAUCAAGUCUGCACUGACGAAUUAGCUCUAGAAGUAAUUUUUGAUAAGGUGUUUUCAUUCAUUGCAGAAUCGGAGUCCUCUUUGCAGUUUGGCCUAGAUUUGCUACAUGCUAUGAAGAGUGAGCUUGGCCUCACCCCUUCACGAAAAUGUCUCGAUUUUCUUCUCCACGCUUGUGUUAGUGCCAAAGAUCUGCAAAGUUCCAUAUUUGUAUGGCAGGAAUAUCAAGCCACUGGCCUGCCUUACAAUACCUUAAGUUUUUUAAGGAUGUAUCAAGCCCUUUUGGCCUCAGGGGACAGAAAGGCUGCAAAAGUUUUGGAACAUAAAAUUCCUAAAGAUGAUCCUCAUGUUCAGUCUAUCAUUGAAGCAUGUAAACAGACUUAUAUAAAGAAAACGGAAGAAACCAAAAAGAAAAAGAAAAAAAAGGAGGUAGGAAUAUGUAAACUCACUUAAAUUGACAUAAUGAUUAGGGUUAGAGAUUCAAUCUUUUUGUAUCAAAACUGGAGAAAGAAGUCGGAAAGGACCUUCAUGUGGAGAGUCCCAUUCAUCUUACUAAAGUUGUACGAAUGCUGGUU